UUAGCGAUGGCGUGCCCUUUGUUGGAUGAUGUACUAGACGAGGAAGUGUUAAUACUCAGACGAGCAUUCAGGCAUGAAAGAGUCUUCCGGGACAGGUCAGACCCGUUGGCCUUUGCAGACGAAUAUCUGACUGAGAGGUACAGAUUCUCAGGUGAUGGCAUCCGAUAUCUGUGUAGGCUGCUGGGUCCAAAGAUACAACACAGAACAGUGCGAAGCCACGCUCUCACUGUCCCACAGAUGGUCUGUGUGGCGCUGCGAUUCUUAGCAAGUGGCAUGUUCCUUUAUUCUGUUGGAGAUGCUGAAAACCUCAAUAAAGGCACUAUUUGCCGCACGAUAAGAAAUGUUAGUCUAGCACUGAAAUCACUUGCGCACAUAUUCAUCACCUUCCCUGGCCACAGAAGAUUCCACCACAUCAAGGAGGAGUUCUACAAGAUUGCAGCUUUCCCUAAUGUCAUUGGUGCAGUGGAUUGCACCCAUAUCCGUAUCAAACGGCCCUCAGGGGCACAUGAGGGAGAUUAUGUUAACAGGAAAUCUUUCCACAGUAUCAAUGUUCAGGUAAGAAUGAUUUAUGGUUACUGUCAGCUACAUAAAUUAUUUAUGUGCAUUAAAUGACCUUAAUAGGUCACAUGUUAUUGUUACAGAUG